UCACAACCCUCUGCGGCCGCUCUUUGAUGACGCACAUCCGGCCGGCGCCGCCGCCAUGACGUCACACGCAGCAUGGCGGCGGCGGAGAAGACGCAGCGCUACGAGGCCUUCAUCAGCGACGUCCUGCAGCGCGACCUGAGGCGCGUGCAGGAGCAGCGCGAGGCCGUGCACGAGCAGCAGGCGCAGGUGCUGCAGCUCCAGGCCGCCCUCGCCAGGCUCCAGGACGUCGCCGCCCCCCUGCACACCCAGGUCGAUCUCGGCUGCAAUUUCUUCGUCAGCGCCGAAGUCCCGGACCCCCAGCGCGUUUUCGUGGCUCUGGGGUUCGGAUUCUUCGCGGAGCUGACGCUGCCCGAGGCCCUUCGGCACCUGGAGCGCCGCAGCUCCUUCCUGCAGAGGGCCUGCGGGAGCUGCAGGGGCUGCAGGGCCCCUCCCCCACCCCGGAGCCAUGAGGGACCCCUGGGCUGGCCCCGCCCCCACCCGGGUGUAGAGCUGGAGGAUUUUACACCUUGGAGUAACCUGAGUGUAAAGAUGGGGAUUUUACACCUCGGAGUAACCUGAGUGUAAAGAUGGGGAUUUUACACAUUGGAGCAACCUGUGUGUAAAGCUGGAGUAAAAUUGAGUUUUUUACACCUUGGAGUGACCUGAGUGUAAAGCUGGGGAUUUUACACAUCGGAGUAACCUGAGUGUAAAGCUGGAGUAAAGCAGAGUUUUUUACA